AUGCAGGCUGUUCCGACUUUGCACUUACAACGCAAGGACGUUAAUCAGCCCACGAGCAUAUGCUCUCGUAGACGCCGCGACAGCAUCAAAUAUGAUGUAACUGCGCUACAAGAAACCAAGAACAGAAACUCGGUCACACACAAGAGGAAGGAUGGAACCUUUGUCAUACUAGGAAAGAAGGUUUUAAAUCGAAACGUCUGCGGUAUUGGUUUGUCGUACACCCAUCAACUAGCCACCUUUUCGACUCAUGGGAAGAUAAGUCGUCAGUGGAAGGUAAGUGUCAUCAACUACUACUCACCCACGGAGGCAGCUGAUGAAAUCAAGCUGGACAACUUUCACGAGGAGGUCGAGAACGCCAUAUACAAGGAGAAGUCGUUUUAUAAGAGAAAGGCCAUGCACGACGAACGCAUUCUCGAGAACGCCAUUACCAGAUAUGACUGGAAGGAACGCGAAGAUCCAACAGAAAAUGUGAGAGAGCUGGUCGAAAGACUACGCAGCUGUGCUGAGCAGGCAGCUCUUACCGUGAAGAAGGAAGUAGACGUUUGA